AUGGGUGGAGGUGGGUGCUAUUGGCGUACAGGUGGGUGCAGAUGGGCGUGCAGGUGGGUGCUAUGGAGGCUUAUUGUUGCAGAUGCAGGAGGCAGGGUGGAGGCGGCAGGGGAGGGCUGUCUGGUGCCGGGGCUGAAGCGGCCCGUCAUUGUCAUGGGCGUGCAGGUGUGGCCGCUGGAGAUCAACAGCCCACUCUCCUGGAAGGCCAUUGAGCCCAUGGCCCGAGAGCUCAAGACCGUGUCCAAGCUUGCUGAGAAAGCCAUAGACCUCAUGAACGCCCCUCUUGGCCGCUGA